UAAAAUAAUUCGAAAAAUGCCUAUAUUUCUAACAAGUAAUACAGUCGGCACAAUGUGCGCAUCCCUACCUGAUUAGAGAUUCACGGAUGCAAACUAGACCAUUUUUCAGCACAGGCAAAGGUGAGUGAAAGCGCCGGUAAACCAAUGAAUUUAUCGAAACCACAUAGAAGACACCGAGGCUAAACAUGACAACCAUAUAGAAACAAAGACAGAAAAACCCAUAAGCAUGGUUCGUAACUUUCGUAAGCGAAAAACCUGCGUGGCCAGAGCACUGAGCAGAGCAUUGACGACAUAGAACACACAGAACUACGACGCUCGAACGGGCAGCUCACCUACGAACGUUGCACACGAAAAAAGCAACACAGGUUCCAGACUACCGCAUCCGCAGCAGAAGAGCAGGCGAACAAUCGGUGAGCAGAUCGGAGCAGAGAAAUUAUACGUUGGCUAGCCCUAUACACUGGAGGGGGCUUGCCGAUGGAUUCCAGAGGGAACAGGAGCCCCUCGCAGCUAGGCCCUCAGGCACGACGACCGAGCACUGUGAGAAGACCGGUCGCAGAUUUUUUGGAGAGGGAAGAGGAGGGGAUUCCACAUGGCCGGAGGCGGAGGGAGCAGAUGGGUGAGGGGCGAGACGUAAGCACGACGAGUUUGGCGACCGCCGCAGCAUGACUGCACGGCUGCGCCGACGUCAGCGCACAGCACGGCAGCCCGCAGGAGAGAACCUGCCCUUGCACGGCAGCACCGCGCGAGGAUGGGCCGCGCCACGACCCUGCGGUGAGUGCUCUGCUUAACGGCCAAAAACCGCUUGGAACAGGAGCUCGGACUCGGACACGAACACGGACACCGCGUGGAACAGGAGAUCGGGCUCGGACACGGACACUCUGAACGAUGCAAUCCCGUUUGCCUUGGUAAUAUAUAUUUCUUGCGCAAUGCCGUUCGGUUCGGCAGUCUCUACAAAUUUCGUGCUCAACAGCAUUCUCUAACAGUCUCUCUAUAACUUUAUUAGAUUUCUUUUUUACAUCAAGAUGUUGGAAUACCAAAACGUUGUUGGGGGACGACUGAAGCUGAAGGGUAAAGCGCUGGACGUGAAGUAUGGUGGUGUAAUGAAAAAGAAGAAGAAGUACCAGCGUGAGGAGUCAUCUCAGACUGAAUCUGAUAAGAAUGGAGACGAAAGGAACCCACAUUCUGACUAUGACCAUCUCACACCAGCAGAGCGCCGCUACAUGGAACAGAAGCAGAAGAUCGACAUGAAGAAGAUGACCAAAGUCGCAAACAAGUCGUACAAGGACCGCAUGCAGGACUUCAACCAGUACCUGGCUAACCUCAGCGAGCACUAUGACAUCCCCAAAGUUGGUCCUGGCUAACCUGGCUGUGUUACGCACAAACAAUUGUAUGCUGUGUGGGUCUAUCUACUUUUCUGUUAGCAUAUUAUGUAUCGUUUUACAUAUAUUGUAAAACGACUUGUUGCCACCAGUAGAUAAUAUUUAUUGUCAAAAGCUUGUUCCAUGUAUUCUGAUCACGUGUUUAAGCCUUUUUUGUUGCCCCUUUUAGUUGCAUUCAUUUUAUUCAAAAUGUGAUCCGCUUUUGAUAUUUCUAGGGAACUUAUUUUCUUUCAAUACAGUGGCAGAGCUUAACAACAGAUUAUGCCCAAAUUUUUCCAAGUCAACAUGGCCUUCAAUUUAGGAAGUGGGAAAUAAGGGUGGGAUCAUUUGAUUCCAUGUUUGGAUAAUUGAAUUGAAGAUAGGGAUAGAUAAAUAAAGACUACACCCAUCUCAUGCCCCCUCCUUUUGUCUCAACCCAUUUUUAUUUCCCUAUCCAAUCCCCAUCCAAACGUUCACAUACAAAUUAUCCACUAGGCUAGAGUACUUAAAAAGUAGAAAGUACAACUUCU